AUGUCUACACCAGAACCCUCUAAGGGCCUACCUGGUCCGAAUCCCCACUCAUCCGUCGAUACGAGUCGUUGGUGGAGAUAUCCGAAUCUACGAGCCCUUAACCUGCUCAUGAUUAUUCCGCUCCUGUCGAUCUUCUCUCAAGGUUUUGAUGGAAGUAUGAUGAACGGUCUCCAGUCAGUGACCCACUGGCAGACUUACUUCGGGUCUCCAACCGGUGCUCUUCUCGGCUUCUUCAAUGCUGCCUAUCCACUCGGCGGCAUCCUUGGCUCCUUCGCUAUCUCGCCUGUAGCCGACACCUUUGGGAGAAGAUGUGGCAUUGCCUUCGGAGCUGCACUCUGCUGCGUUGGCGCUGCCCUCCAAGGUGCUUCCAUCAAUAUCGCCAUGUUCAUUAUCUCCCGAGUCAUCAUUGGUUCAGGAAGUGUGGUCGUCGCCGGAGUUGGUGCUCCCUACAUUACCGAGAUAGCGCAUCCCGACCAAAGAAGCACAGCUACUGCCCUCUUCUUGACAUUUUACUCCAUUGGAUCCAUUAUUGCAGGCUGGUGUACCUUUGGUACUUUUCGCAUUGACAGCACAGCAUCUUGGCGAAUCCCAUCGGCAUUGCAAGGACUCCCAUCCAUCAUCCAACUCCUGCUUGUCUGGUUUGUACCCGAAUCUCCACGGUGGCUUGUCAGUAAAGGCCGCGAGCAAGAUGCUCUAGCUAUGCUUACCAAGUACCAUGGAGAGGGCAAUGAGUUUGAUCCCGUGGUCCAGCUUGAGUACACCGAGAUUAAACAAACUUUGAGUGCCGAAAUAUCGGACCACAACAUGUUUACCUUUCUCAAAGACUUGGGCAGUACUGCUGGUAACCGUAGACGCAUGUUCAUCAUGGUAUGGGCCGCCAUAUCCUCCCAGAUGUCUGGCAACGCUUUUGUUUCAUACUACCUGUCUCCUAUCCUGCACUCCGUUGGUCUCAAAUCCGACCUUCAACAAACCCUUAUCAAUGCUACCAACCAGAUGCUUUCUUGGUUCACGGCCAUCUACUUCGCUACAUUGCCUGCCAAAGUCGGCCGUCGCAAGCUUUUCCUAUGGUCUUUAGCCGCCAUCUGGGUUGUUGACAUCUGCAUCACUGCAGGAAGUGCCGUCUUCGCUAAAGACAACACCAACAAGGCUGCAGCUUACACCGUGGUAGCUUUUCUGUACCUAUUCUCCCCUGCAUACAACCUCGGCUUCAACGGUAACCUCGGUCUCUACAUCCCCGAAAUUCUUCCCUAUCGUAUGAGGACUAAGGGUUUGUCCUUUUUCUACUUUGUUCAAUUUUGCUUUAUGAUGCUUUCCACUUUCACUGUGCCUAUCGGCCUUGAAGACAUCACUUGGCGGUUCUACAUUAUUUUUGUUGCUUGGGUCAUGAUUGAGUUUGUUGGUGUUUGGCUCGUGUUUCCUGAAACAAAGGGGCCGUCACUGGAGGAAAUUGCCUAUAUUUUCGAUGGUCCACAGGGUGUUGUUGGGCAUGCUGCUGAGGUUAUGGUUGAGGGCAAGAACCCGCGACUUGUAGAGCAUGUUGCAAGUAAGGAGGCUGUUUAG